AUGCGACUAAAAACGCUUCAAGGUCACUUUUGGCAAUCGCCGUUUGAUGUUGCCGAAGUGGAACAGUUCUUGGAUAUUUCGCAACAUGUUUUUCUGGAACUGCGUCAGAAGACCCGGGUGUACACGUUGGCUUGUGGAUACAUCGGCAAACAGAAGGAUGUCCAAUCCUUCCGAUACAGUCCGGAGCUGCUGUCUGGCAGUGUGGAAGAGGAGGACUUGUCCGUCACCGAAACGUCGCCGACAACGAUUGGAUUGGGUUUUUUCGAUUUCGAAUGGAGGGGCCAAAGCCUACAUGCUCUUCAUCAGAUGUUCGGCGCCCCUGUUGGUGCUGGCAAUUCCGUGGACAUUUUCACAAACUUGGUCCUCUUCGCAAAGAGCGACAAUGCGGAGGCCCUGGCGCAGUUUUGCCAAGAACUGGUGCAGGAGAGCGAGCGAGUGCAGGCAGGAUUUGUCAACGUGUUUGAAUGGCACCCUACGCAACAGUACUGGCAGGCGCGGGUAGUGUGUCCCGCUCGGCCGAUGGCUUCCAUCAUCCUGGACACAGGAGUCAAAGAGAAACUCCUGUCUGACCUGGAGGAGUUCUUGGCGCCAGAAACGCACAAGUGGUACAAGGAACAUGGAAUUCAGCACAAACGCGGAUAUUUGUUUUAUGGAGUCCCUGGCUCUGGCAAGACCUCGUUGAUAAACGCUGUAGCUGGUCAUUUUCAGCACAAUUUGUGUUACGUGCACCUUACGCAUCCAAACCUCACAGACGAAUCUCUUCGCGCGGCCAUGAACCAAGCGCCGCGCCAUUCGCUUCUAGUUUUCGAGGACAUCGAUGCAAUUUUCGGGCGUGAUCGUGAGAAGCUUCUCACUGACUCCGUCCUGACCUUUUCAGGCCUUUUGAAUGCCCUUGAUGGCGUCGGCAAAGCCGAUGGCCAGAUUUUCGUGCUGACAACGAAUCAUCGUGAUCGACUGAACCCAGCACUCAUCCGAAACGGAAGAGCAGACGUGCAUGUGGAGUUUUCCCAUGCCUCAGAUGCCCAGAUUGCUGGCAUGUUUGGGCGCUUCUACCCCAGCACAGAGCAGAUGUGCCAAGACUUCGUCCGCAGCCUGCGGCAACGCCUGGCUGGCCGCCCGGUGACUACUGCCGCGCUGCAGCACUUCUUCAUUCUCCAUCGCAGGAGCUCAGCUCUGCAAGCCCUGGACAGCGUGCAGGAUGUGGUGGAGGAGUUGGAACAACGAGCAGACGAACAACGGUUGAUGCUUGAAGAGCAGACUGCUAAGUAA